AUGGUUAACGGGAAUUGCGCUGUGGUUGGCUGCAAAAACAGCAACUACAGGCUGAAAUCAUGGAAGAAGAAGCAAUGUGAAGAGCAUGCUGGUGUUCUACACGAAGCCUGCUCGUGCGUCCGACCUUUUACUUUGCAUAGAUUUCCAAGUGAGAAGAUGAAUACCCAAAUUAGGCAGGAGUGGAUUAGAAAGAUGAACAGGGUGACAAGCAAAAACAAGCCUUGGACUCCUGGUCAAAGUGACAUGGUCUGUUCUCAACACUUUGUGGAUGGCUGCCCAACUCUUGCAAACCCAAUUCCAACAUUACAUCUUGGAUAUGAAGCUACCAGGAAAAAGCCAAGAAGAGCUUUGAUUCGUGUUGAAACUGAGAAAAAACCUGCAAUCUCAGAAGCUCCUACGCAUCCUGAGGCAGAUAUGGACUUUGUCAUGAAGGAAGAUGUUUCUGCUAGAGAAACCGCAUCCUGCACAAAUUGUUAUGAUGCAAAUUUGAAAGUUUCAUCACUUCAGGAUGAGCUUGAAUCCUUGAAAACUGAUAACAAAAGGCUGCAACAGAAGGUAAAUGCGCUCUCAAACCAGUUAUUGCAUGAGAAGAAUAGAGGAAAGCCAUUUUCAUGCAAAGAUAUCAAGUCAGAUGCAAAAAUGAAGUUUUAUACUGGGAUACAAACUCUGGCAAUAUUCAACGUAAUUUUUGAUUUAAUUAAGCCUUGCCUGUCAUCGAUGGUUUAUUGGAGAGGAUAUAAUAACACUGUUUCCCCAUCAAAGUAUAUCAGUCACAAGAAGAAAAGAGAUCAAAAAGUACCCGUAAAGGACCAGUUUUUACUUGUGCUAAUGCGAUUAAGACUUGGAUUAAUGAAUGAGGAUUUAGCUGACAGAUUUAUGAUUUCUCCUUCAGUAUGCUCAAACAUAUUUACAACAUGGAUCAAGAUGCUUGGACCACUACUUGGAAAUGCAUUAGUUGUCUGGUUACCAAGGGAUAUUAUUCAGAAUAAGCUUCCAGAUGUUUUCAGAAGUGUUAGCCCCAAAACAAAAUGUAUAAUUGAUUGUACUGAAAUAUUCAUAGAGAGAUCAAAGUCAUUGGAUGUUCAAGCCAGUACUUGGUCAGAUUAUAAGAAACAUAACACCAUAAAAGUUCUUGUUGCAAUUUCCCCUCAUGGUUAUAUUAUGUAUUUGUCUGACAGCUAUGGUGGUAGAACCUCUGAUCAAUACAUUUGUUCAAAUAGUGGAUUUUACAAACUUUUGGAUCCUGGUGAUGAAGUAAUGGCAGAUGGGGGGUUUCAGAUUAAGGAGGAUUUAUUGCAUUAUUAUUGUUCAUUGAAUGUUCCCCCAGGAGCAAGAGCAAAAUCCCAAAUGACUGCUGCUGAGUGUAGGCAGACAAAGAUGGUGGCAAACUUAAGGAUACAUGUGGAAAGGGCUAUCAACAGAAUUAAAGAGUUCAAACUGCUAAAGAACACAAUGCCCAUAAAUAUUUUACCACUUGCUGAUAAUAUUAUAAAAGUGUGUGCUGCUUUAUGUAAUAUUCAGCCUCCUUUAAUUAGAAAUGCAUGUAAAUACAAGUGAACUUUGAACUGAGAGACAUGAGCAAGUUAUUCCAAAAGUGUUAUCCAAGAGGCUUUGCCAAUUGUGAGAAAUAA